AUGCAUAUUCUCGUUACAUGUCCUUUCUCUAAGGCUGUAUGGAUGUGCAUUCCAGGUGGAAGUAGAGUACUAAACAACUCUUGCAAUAACAUUGGUUCUCUGCUGGAAGAAUGGGGGGAUAGAGAUAAACAAAUGCAGGAAAGUGGUGAAUGGGUGAACCCAGCUAUGGUUGUUUGUUUGAGCAUAUGGAGCCCCAGAUGCGACUAUAUUUUUCAAAACAAGAUCGGUGACCCUAGGAAAGUAGCAUCUGGAGCUGUUAGUUUUGUAGAUUAUCUCAAGAGAAUAAUGUUGCAAAGUGAUGCGGACAUACCCAAUAAUCUCCCAGUUACAAUACCAAAUGAACCAAUUUGGAUUGCACCUCCACAACCUUAUCUUAAAAUUAAUUGUGAUGCUUCUUUUCUUAAAAGGAAUAAAUAUGGAGGGAUUGGACUAAUCUUGCAUGAUUUUACAGGUACCUGGAGGGGUUGCAGAGCAAGGAGCUUGGGAAAUGUGUUAAGUGUUGAGCAGGUAAAAUGUAUUGCUUUCUUGGAUGCAGUAAAGUGGAGCAAUAUACUCGCAAAAUACAGUAAGAAGUAUAACAUUACCAAUAACUGGUAUGAUGAACCUCCAAAUGUUUUAGAAGGUCAGGUGUCUCUGAACAUCGAUCCCACUUAA